AUGCUGUUUCAGAUCACUUGGGUGGCAGGCUUUGUUCCGGAAGUUAACAUGUCUGAGGAAGAAAAGAAACUCAGCAAAAAUGAGCAGAAGAGGCUGGCUAAACAAGCCCAGAAGGAAAAGGAACGCCUGGAAAAGGAGGCAAAGCGUCUUGCUGGAUUGGAUCAAGCAAAUGCGAAGCCCGAAAAGAUCGUCAAGGAAGCAGAUCCAUCCGAUCCGCAAGAGUACUUCAACAUGCGAGUGGACAUGAUCAAUAAGAGGCGAGCAGCAGGAGAAAAUCCAUUUCCUCAUAAGUUCAAUGUAUCCAUUUCGCUUGCCGCUUUUGUAGAAAAGUAUGAGCGCCUUCAGAAAGAAGAAGUGUUGGACAAUGAAACUGUCAGCAUCGCCGGUCGUAUCUACUCGAAGCGUGAAUCUGGAAAGAACCUCGUGUUCUAUGAUGUGCACAGUGGAGGCACCCGUCUACAGGUGAUGGCAAAUGCAAGAUAUCACAAGGCAGGUGCUGAUAACUUCACGAUGAUCCAUGACAGAAUCAAACGUGGAGACAUUGUAGGGUUCACUGGCUUUCCAACCAGGACCAAAACGGGAGAACUGUCCGUUCUCCCAACUGAGGUCGAACAGCUUACGCCAUGUCUUCGAAUGCUCCCUCAUUCGCAUUACGGCUUGAAAGACAAAGAACUGAGGUACCGUAUGCGCUAUCUGGACCUGAUCGUCAAUCCGGAAGUAAAGGACAAGUUUGUUGUUCGUAGUAAGCUGGUCACGUUUUUGCGCAGGUAUUUGGACAACUUAGGGUUCCUCGAGGUCGAAACACCAAUAAUGAAUCAAAUAGCCGGUGGCGCCACUGCUAAGCCAUUCAUAACGCAUCACAACGAACUGGAUAUGGACCUCUUUUUGAGAGUCGCACCAGAACUCUAUCACAAGAUGCUUGUUGUCGGCGGUAUAGAUCGUGUUUAUGAGAUUGGACGAUUGUUUCGAAAUGAGGGAAUUGAUAUGACGCAUAAUCCCGAAUUCACCACUUGCGAAUUUUAUAUGGCAUAUGCUGAUUACGAAGAUGUGAUUCGUAUAACAGAAGAUUUGCUCAGCAAAAUGGUGAUGUUCAUUCAUGGAAAAUACAAAAUAGUUUAUCACCCGAAUGGACCUGGAACAGAACCAGCUCUCGAGAUUGAUUUCACUCCACCAUUCAAACGUGUGAAUAUGUACGAGGGGCUAGAAAAAGCGCUGGGUGUCAAGCUGCCACCUCCGGAUACCUUGAAGACUGAAGAGUCCCGCCAAGUGUUUGAUCGUUUGUGUCAGGAGAAAGGAGUUGAAUGUACUCCGCCUCGCACCACUGCCCGUCUUCUCGAUAAAUUGGUUGGAGAGUACUUGGAGAGCACAUUUGUCUCUCCAACAUUCCUUAUUGGUCAUCCACAGAUUAUGAGUCCUUUGGCGAAAUGGCAUAGAUCCGUUCCUGGCCUCACUGAAAGGUUUGAGUUAUUUGCUGCAAUGAGAGAGAUAGCAAAUGCCUAUACCGAGUUGAACGAUCCCAUCACCCAGCGACUAACUUUUGAGCAGCAGGCUGCGGACAAGAGUGCUGGAGAUGAUGAAGCCCAAAUGAUUGACGAGAACUUCUGUACUGCUCUUGAGUAUGGUCUUCCACCAACUGGAGGUUGGGGAAUGGGCAUAGAUCGACUGGCUAUGCUGCUCACGGAUAGCAACAACAUCAAGGACGUUCUUUUCUUCCCAGCCAUGCGGCCGGAAGAUCAAAGUCAAAAUCCUCUGGCUAAUGUUGAAGAUUCUCAAACCUGUUAG